AUGACUGGGUUUACGCUAAAAGACCACAAUGGGGAGCUAAAUGGCGGCGAUCUCCUCGCGCAGACGCUCAAACACCUCGGUGUCGAGGUAGCCUUUGGUCUACAUGGUGGGCAUCUCGAUGCAUUUCUCCAGGGUUGUGAAGCUUCUCAAAUCCGGUUGAUUGAUACCCGACACGAGACCGUCGCUGUCCAGGCAGCCGAAAGCUACGCCAAAUUCUCCAAAAAGAUUGGCGUUUGCUUCGUCACAGCAAACAGCGGCUUCUCCAAUGGUAUCCCAGGUCUGGCGACAGCUCUGGCUGAUCGGUCACCAAUUCUUUGCAUAACAUCCUCGCCUCCGACUCGCGAUGCAGAGAAUAAUUCCCUUCAGGGAAUAAUUGACCAGGUCGUUGUCUCUCGCCCACUUACAAAGUUCGCCUAUCGGAUGACCAACCCCGAGGAUACUCCACGGAUCGUUAAGCAUGCCAUAGGAGUUGCGAUCUCUGGUGCUCCUGGCCCUGUUCUGCUUGACUUCCCGAUCGAUGUGUUAUUCACGCCUGUACAUAAGCCUCUCAUAUCCUGGGGAUCAGUUUCGUCGCCCUUCCCAUAUGGACCUGGUCCGCACACUGCAGCGAUUGAGGGGACGGUUGAACUAUUGAACGCUGCCAAAAGACCUUUGAUCAUCCUAGGGACAGGAGGUAAUUCCAAGGAGGCAGCAGAAAGUCUCAUGAAGCUCUCGGAAACAUGUCGACUUCCAAUUUUCGAUUCGAUGAAGUGCAAAAUGUCUUUUAUUCCCUCCCAAUUUGCAUUCAAUGGAGGGGGCAGCAGCACCCUUGCCCUUCUACCGCGCCUUGGUAUACAGAAGCCAGAUCUCAUCCUGCUCCUCGGUGCCAGGACCGGUAUGUUUCUCGGCGGUCGAUCUGGUGCGAUUAUACCCGGAAAGGACUGCAAGCUAGUCCAAGUAGACGUAGACGGUGCAGAAAUUGGCAGGACACUUCCGGUUGACCUAGGAGCCAUCAGUGACGUUACCCAGUUUGCCGCUGGGUUGAACCGCCAUUUUGAUGUCACCCCAUUCCAAGGCUCCGUUGACACCAAGUGGGUGGAUGAUAUCCUGGGUCUUAAACACCUGCCUUCGCCUUAUGAACAACAACCCGAAGUCCAGCCAUCAGGGCGUCUCCAUCCAUACCACGCACUCAAACAUGUCUUACGCUCUGUUCCGAAGGAGAGCAUUGUGAUAUUUGAUGGUGGCGAAGCGCCACUUUGGGCAAGUGAAGUGAUAUCCAUCUGCUCGCCCAGCGCGACAGUUAAAUCAUCAGGAGGUCUUGGAUUCUUAGGCAACGGUUUUGGAUAUGCCCUUGGAGCAGCCGUUGCAUGCCCUGAUCGGAAGGUCAUUAAUCUGCACGGUGACGGAUCUGCCGGGUUCCAUUUUAUGGAUCUCGAUACUUACAAACGACACAAUCUGGAUAUCAUGACGAUUGUAGUCAAUAAUCAUUGCUGGGGAAUGAGCUCUAAUGGACAGGACCUGAUCUAUGGUACUAAGACUCCUACACGUCCGGUCAGCCAUUUGAGCCCUGUCACGGACUACAGUCUUGUGGCGAAGGCACUGGGUAAUGCUAGUGCGAAGAUACAGACACUCGAUGAUGUGUCCCCUGCGUUUACAAGUUUGCAGGGUCAAACUGGGCCCAUUUGCAUCGAGCUGGUCGUGGAUGAUAAGCCUGUUCAUCCUAUUACGGUCUCUAUGGUCGGUCAAACUGAUGAGUCCGGAAUGGUAGUUGUUCCUUAUUAUGAUAAUGUUCCCAGAGCAUACUAUAAAUCAUGA